AUGACUGAACCCCUUCAGCAAGCAACAGCUUUCGGAAGCACAGUAGGGAUCCAAACCCUUGCGACGAAUCAACAGCGCUCAACAGGCGCAAGACAAAAUAUAGAUAAUCCGUUUCUGACGUUCGAUGACACGAUUCCCGACCUCAAGACUCAACGUACUGAGCUAGAAGAGUAUGUGUGGGAAUUUGCUUCAUUAGCCGGUCUCAAAGACCGCUAUGAGUUGCUUCGAUUUGGUGCUCGUCUCGCUCGAGACAAGUAUGAGACUAUGAGAAAAUACGCGGAUGAGCUCACAGAUUCGGAAAAGCUGUUGUUGGAGAAGGAAAAGGAUGAGAGUACAGGCUUUUGGAAGCAGUCCAAAUUUCUGCGCGCGACAAUCAUGACCGCAAGUCUUGCGGGUAUGAUCCAAGGAUGGACGCAAAGCGCCAAUAAUGGCACUGCUCAUGGCAUGCCAGACGAAUUUGGCCUCUGCUAUCGCAGGGAUAUGAACUGUCCUUCAUCCGAUCUUUGGACGUUUGGGAUGCUGAACGCCAUUCCGCUGCUUUCCGCAGGCCUCUUCGGUACACUCCUUGCAGAUCCGCUGCAGGAGAACUUCUUAGGGAGGCGAGUUCCAAUAUAUGCGGCUGAAAUAUCACCGGAGCAUAUACGUGGCGCUGUUCUGGCGAACUGGCAGCUUGCUGAUGCAGCCGGCAUCUUUCUCGGGUUUCUGGCAAACUUGCUGGUCGUUGUUUAUGUGGAGAAAGCGGAAUCAGCAUGGCGCAUUCUUACGAACACUGUGCUCAUCCCCACAGUGCCAUUGCUGGUGAUGAUAUACUUGAUGCCGGAAUCGCCACGAUAUUUGAUGAAGCAUGGAAAAUACCCCAAAGCACUCGAUGCCUUCGAACAGGUCCAGACCACACGUUUACUAGCAAGUCGGGAUUUCAUGUAUGCGCAUGCUCAGCUGGAUUUCGAAAGCCGACUCUUAAAAGAGGAGACAAAUGAGCUUGGCACCCUGGCCGAUCGCGUAGAUGUUAGCUUGCCGAGCUUUUCUGGAGAGCCAUCUUCGCCAUCGCCAAAUCGCGCACGAUUAGAAAGGGGUGCUGAACACGGAGCCGUAUCGCCAGGUCGAUUCGCGCUAGAUCCCAAUGUCGAGGGAACGAAGUUAGGGGCAACAGCGGUCCGGAACGAUAGCCAGCACCAAGUCAGGUCGCAGCCCGAGCAAAACGAAAACAGCAACAUUGAACUCGCGACAUUGAAUAGGAGGUGGAGUGACAUCUCCAGCCUAAACUUCGAGGUUGGGGUGAAACGAACGAAGAAGAACAACCCGUAUUCGUACAACAUCGGUGUCAACGGCUACUACAAGCGUCUGAGGGAGUUAUGGUCCAAUAAGCGGUGUCGACGAGCAUUGCUGUGCGCUUCCGUGUCCAUGAUCACCCAGACGCUGACAGGCGUCAAUACGAUCGCCUUCUUAGGUACGAUAGUGUGGCCCAACGCCGGAACAAACAGUGAUCGUACAUCCGCGAUAAUAGGUCUGGCCUUUGGAGCAGCGAAUUACAUGUUCGGGCUUCCUGCUUAUUGGUCCUCGGAUCGAUUGGGACGUUCCGUCAUGCUUUUGCUCGGCCUGCCAAACAUGGCAUGGUCAAUCCUAGUCUUUGCCUUCCUCUUCAAAAUCACCGACACGUCCGUCCAGAUACCAUUGGUCAGCAUCUUCGCGGUCAUCUUCGUUGCCUUUUAUGCCCCGACAGCCGGUACGUCUCCAUUCUCGAUCGCAGCAGAGGUCUUUCCUCUCGUAUCGAGGGAGGCUGGCAUGGCUGUUUCCGUCGCGGUCAACCUUCUGGGUGCUGGCGUAUUGGUCCUAGUCUUCCCAUUCCUGCAGGACAGCAUUGGGCCAACAGCUGCAUUCUCUAUCUUCGCAGGCUUGAAUAUGGUGGCGUUUGUACUGGUGUAUUUGUUCGUUCCAGAGACGAGGAUGCGGACUUUAGAAGAGCUGCAGUAUACGUUCGAUUUACCAACGGGAUGGCAUGUCGCGUAUCGUGUGGGGUACAUACGACAGCAUGUCUGGGCGAAUUGGUGGAAGUACUUGACUCGCAAGGAGGUUCAGCCGCCGGUUCCGUUCUACGAAUGGGCGCGAGUGACGUAUAGAGAGAUGGAAGGUGCCAGCUGA